GCCUCACGAGCGGGACACGCUCGCUUCGUCCGCGGACUCUAGUGUUCCGAAUGCGAUUAACUGUUAAUACUUUUCAAGUCAAUUGUUAACAUUUGAAUCGUACGAAUCUGACCAUUUAUUCACGUCAGUCUUCUUCGACAUCAAUAUGAGGACACUUAGUCUAAAACCAGAGGAAAUAGCGGCAAUUAUGUCGCUUCCGGAUGCAUUCCAGAAAAGUGUAAAACUUCUCAACAAUGCUAUGAAUGUGCUAUUAAUUUUAACCGGAAGUGGUAGUAAAAGUUAUACUCAAGGCGGACACUUGUAAGCGAUGACGGACACCACCGAGGAUAUAUUGCCGGAGGUGUCGACGGUGGCGUCGGCUCCUCACCGUACUCCAACGCCUGAACUCCAUGCGACGUACACGACUUUCGAAAUUUUGGUGGCACUGGUGGCAGUCGUGGGGAACGCUAUGGUGAUCUAUGUGUUUCGUCGUGAACGCAGACUGCGACGACGUACUAACUAUUACAUUGUGUCUUUGGCCGUGGCAGACUUCUUGGUCGGUCUGUUUGGAAUACCGUUUGCGAUCCUGGCAUCAGUGGGCCAGCCACGAAACUUGCACGCGUGUUUAUUCACUGUUUCAUUGUUAGUGAUGCUGUGCACUAUUAGUAUCUUUUGUUUGGUGGGUGUUUCGGUGGAUCGUUACUGGGCUAUCCUGCACCCGAUGUGUUACUCAAGGAAUGUGCGCACUAGAACAGCUAUUGGUAUUAUCUCCGUCUGCUGGGUGUCUGGUGCGGGAGUGGGUCUUCUUCCACUGUUCGGCUGGCACGCUGGUAACAACAUGCCAGGAUGUUACUUCGUAGAGGUCAUGGACUACAAUUACCUGCUGUUCCUCUACUUCGCUACCAUCGUCACGCCCAGCGUGCUGCUCGCCGCUUUCUACGCACACAUCUAUCGCGUGGUUGUCAAACAGCUCAGCGAGGUGAUGACAGUUGACGGUUGUCGGGGCCGCAUUCCUGGAGGAGGCACCAUGCUACGAGUGCUUGGAGCUGCGCAGAAGCGAGAAGUCAAAGCUACACAGAAUCUCGCCAUUAUAGUAUUUUUCUUCAUCAUUUGUUGGAUACCUCUCUACACAGUCAAUGCAAUCAAAGCCUUCAUGCCUGAGCUCGACAUUCCCAACCCUCUCACGUACAUCUGCAUCAUCGUCUCCCAUUUAAAUUCUGCCAUCAAUCCCUUUCUGUACGCGUAUCAUCUAAAAGACUUUAGAGCAGCUUUAAAGGGUCUUCUGUGCUCUAUGGGAGGCAGAGGAGUGACCAUACAAGCCGCUUAUAGACCCCCAAUACCAGUUAGAAGACAGGCUUUAGAGAGGUGCAAUGCUCUGAGAGAAAGACCAAAAGUAUACGUGAAUUCUCCUGUGUGGCUUCGGCAGAAGGAAGCUGAAGCGAGUAUAACUGACGACACUAGAGCGGUAGUAGUGGCUACUCCGCUAGUUCCAGAUGUAGAACCAUUUAUAAAUAGAGCAGCUGAGGGCUCUAGUGGUUGCCACACGCCAGAGGGUAGGGACAGCGAGGGUGGCCCCUAUCUUAUAGAUACUAACGAAGAGAGAUGCCAAAGUCCUUAUAAGCGAGUUGAGGAAUUAAUUCGACGAGUGCGCAGUGCCAGCGCAGACCACAGCUGACAGGAACCUUGCCGGAGCUAUCCGGUGUAUAGCGUCACGUAAGGAGACGACCAGAGAAGAGAAACAAACAUUCCUAAGAGUAGAAAAAUAAAAAGUCGUAGCGUGUAAAUAUUUAAAGUCGCUUGUAGUCAAUUCUGCUUAUAUUAGAAAGUCAUGAUGUCUUUAAAUAGAUUAUUUUGUAUUAUUACGAUAUAUUGUGAUGAUGUUUUAUAAAUAAUGAUCUUCAAACUUUCGAAUAUUAUGAAAAUGUGCUGAAUGUAUA